GAGCAUCCCUUGGCAACCUGUCAGAAGGCCGCAUAGCAAUCAUAGGAUUUGGGGUUGUACAUUUGAAGAAAGCCCUUACCAUUGCUGUCCGCUACUCUGCUGUUCGUAAGCAGUUUGGUCCAGGAGAAGAGGAGCUUCCUGUUAUUGAAUAUCCACUGCAGCAAUGGAGAUUAUUCCCAUUUAUAGCAGCAACGUACGCACUGGAUAACUUCAAUAAAACUUUCCAUGAGAUGUUUGUAAAGUUUCGUAUGGAGAUGAUUGAUGCUGCUAACAAAGGCAGAGUUGCUUUAUAUGGGCGGGAAGUGCAUGGAUUGUCAUCAGCUGGUAAGCCUAUUUCUGGCUGGACAGCCCGGGAUGCCAUACAGGAGUGUCGAGAAGCUUGCGGUGGCCAUGGAUACUUGAGAUGUUCAGGAUUGAUAUACUUACGCAAUGACAAUGAUGCUAACUGCACCUAUGAAGGUGAUAAUAAUGUCCUGCUGCAGCAGACUAGCAACUGGCUCAUAGGUGUAUGGAAGAAUCGAUCGGAGAUGUCUGUAGCUCAUCCUAUGGGUACUGUGGAUUACUUUGAUCAAGGUGACCACAUUCUACGCCAGACAUGGAUGAAUUCCCCAAUAAAUGAACACUCUACCAAUCUAGAUGUGGUAAAGGUAUGCAAAGAUUCUUUACGGUGGCUGGUGUGUUGGCUAUGUGAGAGAACCAGCGCUGAGUUUCACGCACAGAUUGCUGCUGGUAUGGAUCCGUUCACUGCUCGGAACAACACCCAGGUUUACCUUGCAAGAAAUCUCUCUAUUGCCUAUGUUACAGAAGUGAUACUUGCAUGGUUUGAAAAAUCCAUUCGUGAAGCAGAGGUAGCCCUGCAACCUGUUCUGUACCGACUAUGUGCAUUGUUUGGCCUCACACAACUGGAGAAGCACAUACCACAACUUGUUGAAGGAGGCCUUAUUCAAGAAGGAAAUUUCAUCUCGAGGGUUCAUCUGCACAUAAGGCGUCUGUGUGCUGACCUGCUUCCUGAUGCUGUGGCGCUUGUAGAUGCCUUUGGACCACCAGACUUCAUCUUACGCUCAGCACUUGGAAAUGCUGAUGGAAAGGUUUACGACCAUCUGAAGACAACAAUGUUCACCGCCCCAGGAGCUGCAACACGAUCCAAGCACUGGCAAGAGAUGAGCUACAAAACUCCAGCUUCCAAGCUUUAACCCUCAAACCGCUAGGGGCCCAAAUGGCAUUCACACCCACAGGCACAACAA